AUGUCUGGCCGUGGAAAGGGAGGCAAGGGAUUGGGCAAGGGCGGAGCUAAGCGGCACAGGAAGGUUCUAAGAGACAACAUCCAGGGCAUCACCAAGCCGGCCAUCCGCCGUCUGGCUCGCCGAGGCGGCGUCAAGCGUAUCAGCGGCCUCAUCUACGAGGAGACCCGCGGCGUCCUCAAGAUCUUCUUGGAGAACGUGAUCCGCGACGCUGUUACAUACACCGAGCACGCUCGCCGGAAGACCGUCACCGCCAUGGACGUCGUCUACGCGCUCAAGAGGCAGGGCAGGACCUUGUACGGAUUCGGCGGUUGA